AUGAGCCCCAGUACACUUGCCACGAAGGACAUCGACCAAAAAGCGUUUGGAGCGGUUAAGCUGAGCGCAGAUGUACCAAACUAUCUGCUCAACGUUGCGGACCUUUACGAUCCAGUCGAAGGAUUCGGUACCCUCAGUGUGGUCGUCGAUAUCGAAAAACCAUCUACGCUGCUGGUUGAAUUAUGCAGUCUCUUCACGCCGGAAACGAAGGAAGUGGUGAACAUCGACUGGCUUGACGGUCCUCACAAACUGGCCGACUUGGGCAACUACACUUUGCUCUACAGCGAGAAAGCCCAGCAGAUCGUCCGCGGCGAACCCAUCAAUUUUAAUUUGUACAAUCUGACCACGUGGACCUCGAUGUUGCCGGCUAUGUUCUUGAGGGUAUCCCCAAUGGUAAAAGCGCUGGAUAGCAAACAUUUCUUGCUCCCGGUCCCAUACGAUUUUUACCGGGAAGAACAUCUCAUGUUUAAAGUACCAGUCACUCCCACUGUCGACGUUCUCUUCGAAUUUGUCGACAUCAAGAACGGAAAAUUGACUGCCGAGUUUCUCGACGAAAACGGAAAGGUGUUGGAGAAAGAUUCCUACAGCAAAGACGGAUCGGAAAGUGGGGAUUCUCGGGUGGUCAAGAACGUUACGCGAAUCACGCUUGGCUACAGCGAUGACGACUGGGAAGAUUCCGGGUUCUUCGCAAAAAUUCAUUUUACACAGCGGGAUGUGGAGGCCACGACCGAGGAUAAGAGGAAUCGCUUUGAGGUGCCAAAGUUGACGGAGCGGAUCAAAGCCGGCCGUGGCUCGUUUGUUCAGACGCGGAUCGAAAAAUCGCUUCUCCGGAUGCCAAAUGUGCGCAUGGUGUCGGGGCAGACCGUGCUGCUGGCUGGGCUUGUUGAGUCUCCGAGUUACGGUAGCUAUCGCCACAGUGCAGAUAUUCCUUCUAUUACGGCCUACUUACUAAAAUUUGGUAUG